GGUGGGCCGGGCUGAAGUGUAGCGAGCCGAGGAAAGUUCGGACCUCAGUGAGAAAAGCUAACGUCCUUUCUUCUUUUCCUUAGAUUGUCUUUGUUCUAUUUCAGAUGUGGAGAUGAAUCACCACCUAUGUGUUUGGCUUUUUAGACAUCCGUCCCUGAAUGCUCAUCCCCGGUGUCACGUCUAUGUCCAUUCUCAUCAAUUUAAACAGCUACAUCUUAAAACUAGGCUGUGGGUUCUUGGACAAAAUGGGAAUCACAUUUUCCAUUAUAUUUUAAAUAAGAAUUGGUCCAAGAGACACUGUCAUCAAGAUACCAGGAUGAUCUGGAAGCAUAAAGCAUUUCAGAAAUAUAUGGAAGACCUAAGUAAAGAGUACCAAACACUUGGUCAGUGUCUGCAGGAUGUCCCUGGGAAUGAAGUGGACCGAAGGUGCAUGACCCGAAGGCAUGCUGAGUUGGCACCACUUGCAGCCAUUUAUCAAGAAAUUCAGAAAGCUGAACAAGCAGUUAAAGAAUUAGAAUCAUUGUGCAAAAGUCUAAAUGAACAAGAUGAAAAGCAGUUACAAGAACUUGCAUUAGAAGAAAGGAACACCAUUGAUCAAAAAAUCAACACGCUGUACAGUGAGCUUUUCCAGAGUCUGUUACCAAAGGAAAAAUAUGACAAAAAUGAUGUUAUUUUAGAGGUGACAUCUGGAAGAACUACUGGAGGUGAUAUCUGCCAACAAUUUACCCGAGAAAUAUUUGACAUGUACCAGAAUUAUUCAUGCUAUAAGCACUGGAAAUUUGAACUUCUGAAUUAUACACCAGCAGAUUACGGUGGGCUACAUCAUGCUGCUGCCCGGAUUUCUGGGGAGAAUGUCUAUAAGCAUUUGAAGUAUGAAGGUGGGAUCCACCGGGUUCAGCGAAUCCCUGAGGUGGGCCUGUCGUCGCGAAUGCAGCGGAUCCACACAGGAACUAUGUCAGUCAUCGUCCUUCCUCAGCCGGAUGAGGUGGAUGUAAAAGUGGACCACAGGGAUUUGCGAAUAGAUACAUUUCGAUCCAAAGGAGCAGGAGGGCAGCAUGUUAAUACCACAGACAGUGCUGUCAGGCUUGUCCAUAUCCCCACAGGGUUAGUAGUAGAAUGCCAACAAGAACGAUCACAGCUAAAAAAUAAAGAAAUAGCUCUGCGUGUGUUAAGAGCUAGACUCUACCAACAGAUUAUUGAGAAAGACAAGUGUCAGCAACAAAGUGCUAGGAAACUUCAGGUGGGAACCAGAGCCCAAUCAGAGAGAAUUCGAACAUAUAAUUUCACCCAGGAUAGAGUCACUGACCAUAGGAUAGCAUAUGAAGUUCGCGACAUUAAGGGACUUUUAUGUGGUGAGAAGUGCCUGGAUCAGCUAAUUCAGAGACUGCUUCAAUCAGCAGAUGAAGAAGCCAUUGUUGAACUUUUGGAUGAAAACCUUAAAUCAGCAAAAUAAAUCAGCUGAUUUAUUAUUUGUUGUUAUAUAAAUGGAAUGGGCCUAUCAAGAAGCAGAUCAAGAUGAUGAAGUAUCUAUGAAUAUUCAUAAGUGAAGCUAUAAAUAUAAAUAUAUUUUUUUUUCAUGAAUCAGAGUCACAUUUCUUGUCUUAAGGGUUUAUUUGGGUUGUUUUAAUAAACAACCCAAAUUAUUUGUUGUUUGAAACUCAGGCUGAUUUCGAACUUGACAUCCUCCUGCCUUAAUGUCCUGAGUGCUGGAGAUGUACUACUACUUAUAUAUUAAACAUUUUUCAUUUACUACUUCAGGAAAGUGUAAAUUUUAAUGAUACAAAAUUUAGUACUUAGUUUGUGAAUCACGUAUUUAAAAGCAGAGACAGAGUACAGUGGUACCUCAGUUCACAAACUUAAUUCAUCCCACAAUUCUGGAGAAGACAGCUACAUUGCUGUUCAUGAGGAAAAGAUGGCCAAGGUUGUGUCCAUCACCUGACAUAGAGUUGACAAACAGAAACAAAAUUUUGUCAAAUGCUUCUGUUUGUGAACCAAAUUCUUCACAAACAAAAGCAUUUGUGAACUGAGGUCCCUGUACAGGUACUUUUAAUUAUGUCAAAGUGAAGACUGUUACUUUUUCAUAAAAAGUAAAUAAAAAUUGCAAGGAUUAAAAGAAUAAAAA